GUGGACAUUGUAGGGGUUAAAGUUGGAACCACUGGUGCAUAUAUAUUAGGGAGGAUUCAUAAAAAUACGACAGUGGAGUCUGAGUCAAUCCACACCAGUGUGAGAGAGCAGUGACCAAUAGAAACGGGAGAAGAAGAUCCAAGAAGACUGAGGAAGCUCAGCAGCACAAAAAGAAAAAAAAAGUGUUUCAGUCCAAACGUUUUGGUUUUGAGCUGAUUUUUCAGCAAACUUCAGAACCAGACAUAGGAUUCAACCGUCAAUUCCUGGACAGCAAGGUACUAUAAUGGUGACUACAAUCUGUUUCCUCAUUUGGGUGUCACUCAUAACAGAUAGUGUAUGGACCAGAAGUGUGAGACAGGCCCCUGAAGAAAACGAUCCUCAGUAUUUCACAGAGGAUGACUUCGAUUGCCCUAGGGAAUGUUUCUGCCCACCAAGCUUCCCGACUGCUCUUUACUGUGAAAAUCGAGGCCUCAGAGAAAUCCCUGCGAUUCCCUCAAGGAUAUGGUAUCUGUAUCUUGAAAACAACUUGAUAGAGACCAUACCUGAGAAGCCUUUUGAGAAUGCCACCCAGCUGAGAUGGAUAAACCUCAACAAAAAUAAAAUAACCAACUACGGGAUUGAAAAAGGAGCCCUGAGCCAGCUGAAGAAGCUGCUUUUCUUGUUUCUGGAAGAUAAUGAGCUGGAGGAAGUACCUUCUCCUUUGCCUCGAAGUUUAGAACAGUUGCAAUUAGCUAGAAACAAAGUAUCCAGAAUUCCUCAAGGAACCUUCAGCAAUCUGGAGAACUUGACCCUUCUUGACCUGCAACACAAUAAACUAUUGGACAAUGCCUUCCAAAGAGACACUUUUAAAGGUCUCAAGAACCUCAUGCAACUAAAUAUGGCCAAGAACUCCCUGAGGAAUAUGCCACCCAGGCUACCAGCUAACACGAUGCAAUUGUUUUUGGACAAUAACUCCAUUGAAGGAAUACCGGAAAAUUAUUUUAAUGUUAUUCCUAAAGUGGCCUUCCUGAGACUGAACCACAACAAAUUAUCUGAUGCGGGUCUCCCUUCAAGAGGCUUUGAUGUCUCCUCCAUUCUAGAACUGCAGCUGUCUCACAACCAACUCACCAAGGUCCCCCGGAUCAGCGCUCACCUGCAACACCUUCACCUUGAUCACAACAAAAUUAAAAAUGUGAACGUCUCUGUGAUCUGUCCUGCCUCCACAACACUGCCUGCAGAGCAAGAUUCCUUCAGUUAUGGACCUCACCUUAGCUACCUCCGUCUGGAUGGGAACGAAAUCAAACCUCCAAUCCCAAUGGAACUAAUGACUUGUUUCAGACUCCUUCAGGCGGUCAUUAUUUAGAUACACCUUCAACAUCCUGUAACUGGGUUAAGGAGAUCAUGUUUUCCGACAGGAAAUGUGACUCCCAUUCACAGGUUUAAGGCAAAGAAGAAAAAAAAAAAAAGCAACUAUAUAUAUAAUCCUUCUUGGUCACCAUUUGCAUGUGUGCAAUUUUUUUCCCCCAUUCAAUGAUGCUUUGCAAAUGAUGGUCUGCUUUCUUUAACUAAUGAACAAGACACAGAGUUAAGGUAGUUUAUCAACUCAAAGAUAGUCCUUUUAUUUUUGUCCUUUAUAUACUAGUAAUACCAAAUGCUGUAAUUACAUUGGUAUGCGGUAGAAAGUCUCUAUUUGAGUAUGUUCAAACGUGCUUACAGAGAUGUGGCAGAUGUCAGACUUACAGUGUGCGUAUCAUCUGACAGGAAUAUGUAUGAAAGAAAAUGGAAGAUGGGGUAUUUCUUUAAAGAAAUAGCUACCAACAGAUUGUUUAGUAGGUUUUAUAGGUAUAGAUGGUACAAGAUAUAAUUUACACUCAAGACAGUGUAAAUUAUAUCAACUACAUUGGGACCAGAAAGUUCUCAUCAUUUAAUGCUUAAGAAUCAAACAGAAAACUUUUUUUUUUCAACUUCACUACUACUUCUUAUUGUUAUUAUACAGGGUGCUCUAGCAGUCAAAUAAGUCCUAAAUUUUACAUUUAUGAUAACAUAUUUCUGACAGUAAUUCAGGUUUACAUUUGGAAUCUUCUUGAAUUACAAGUUGUUCAGCUCCUAUAUUUGUCAAUAAGUUGUUGUUGUUGUUUUAAAUAAAAGGAAUGAAUGCUUUCUAACAAAA